AUGGUGGAAAAGAACACGGAGGUAAAAGAUAAAGACAUAAAAGGUAAGGAUACAAAGGAUGCGCGGAGGGAGAAAACUGGUAAAAAGAAGGCGCAAAGAACGAGAAAUUCCUCACCUCCACCAUUACCACCACGAACAAUCCCUAAGCCCGAAGAUGGAGAUGUCUAUAAAAUAUGUCUAAUGUUCCUACCACAGAUGCAGAGAAUUGUCGAAACCGGAAUAGUUCCUUGCGACGGAAUUGUCCAGCAAACGCUGCAUGGGUUUUUAUGUGGACAUGGCAUAGUACCUGUACUUAGAGAAUUGGCUUCAAAAGACAAUUCUAAGCCAGGUAAAAGACCUCAUCCGAAGAAUACUGGAUCUACGAAACUUACAACUGCUCUUGUGGAGCUUUUCAACGAAAAUGCGCUUCUGGGAGAGGGAAUAGACUUUUGCCACAGUCUUCGGGAUCCGGAAAAGGAGAAAGCUAUGCGCAUUGAAUUUAUUCCAGGCAGCAGUAACGUUCCGGUUCAACUGCCUCUAAAAGAAAGAGAUGUCUUCUUCAUGGAAAGCCACGAAACAGAUGAUCGGCCAUAUCUUACGCAGAAUCAUUUUCCAGAUCGCAUCAGAAUUCCUGAAGAUGUCUUACUUAAAGCUUGUCCUUUCAUCCGCUCGGCAUUCGGUGCGAAAGAUAUCGGCAAAUUCACCGACCCUAAUGAUGCUUGCUUGUACGACCCCGCGUACACAUCGAACCGAAAGAGAUGCAUUCGUCAAACCAAACUCGUAUAUAUCACCGAUCUGAUCGCUUCAUCCUAUGGGCGUACCGCACAGCAUUAUCAUUCCUUGGGCGAUUUAAAACAGAUUGAUAGCUGGCCAAGAGAGAAAUUGUGGAAGCAUACUAAGUCGUGGGUUAUGUUUUUAAGAAAGAAUGACUUCAGUGAGCGCAUAUCCUCCAAUGACGAGCUCAAUGAGCUAUGUAUGCUUGCCGCUUUUCUUGGGGCUAAAAAUAAUGCAACCACCGCUUUGAGGAAUGUGUACCAGGCACAGAAGGAAAGGUUGAUCAGAGAGAAGACGCAUCCCAGACCUGCAUUGCUACCGCAAGUAAAGCCUGAGAGAAAGAAAUUGUCCCCCGAGAGAGAUGUUCGACAGAGCGACUAUGUCACGAAUGAACCAUGUAAUGAUAUGGUCGGUACUACCGGUUGGCGUAGUCGAGAUGACUGA